AUGAAGGACCUUCGUCUGAUUAGCUUGCGUAAUGUCUUGUAUAAGUUGAUUUCCCAAACUCUCGCUAAUAGAUUGAAAACUUUCUUGCCUGAUAUCAUUGAUGAUAAUCAAAGUGUGUUUGUUCCGGAGCGUCUUAUUACAGAUAAUAUCCUAUUGGCUUCGGAUAUUUUUUAUUUUAUGAAUAUCAGUUCGGCUCGAAAAAGGGGUUUUAUGGCUUUGAAACUUGAUAUGAGCAAAGCCUACAAUCGGAUCGAAUGGGAUUAUCUUAACGACAUUAUGCUUCAUAUGGGUUUUCUGGAGAUUUGGGUGGUUAGGGUUAUGGAGUGUGUGACUUUGGUGUCCUAUUCUUUUUUAGUUAAUGGCCAGCUUACUUCUCCUAUGUUUUCUCAGAGGAGUUUGAGACAAGGUGACCCGCUUUCUUCUUAUUUAUUUUUGUUGUGUGUCGAAGGUUUGGGUGCUUUGAUUAAGCAAGCUUUUCAUUCUAAGAUGUUGCGUGAAAAGCUCAAUUUGGAGAAGUGUGAGCUCUCUUUUAGUCACAAGCUGGAUACCCGUUUGCGCCAUCAUAUCAAUUCUAUUCUGGGAUUUAGAGAGGUGGUUGUUCAUGGGAAAUAUCUUGGGUUGCCUACCGUUUUUGACAAAUCAAAGAAGAUUUCCUUUACAAACUUGUGUGAUAGAGUUUGGAGGAAAGUGCAAGGGUGGAAAGAAAAGAUGAUUUUUAGGGCCGGUAAAGAAGUCCUCAUCAAAUCCGUUUUGCAAGCUAUUCCUUCCUACACUAUGAGUUGUUUCAAGCUUUUGAUUGGUGUGUGUAAGGAUCUUAGUAAUAUGAUUCGUCGCUUUUGGUGGGGAAUCCUUAAGGAUAGAAAGGGAAUUUGUUGGAAGGCGUGGGGUUUUCUUUGUAGGCUUAAGGACGUUGGAGGGUUGGGUUUUCGUGAUUUUGAGGCUUUUAAUCAAGCCAUGUUGGCUAAGCAGUUAAGGAGGCUUCAUUUCUGUCAAUCCUCUGUGGUUGCUUGGACUCUUAAGGCUCGAUAUUUUUCCUCUUGUGAUGUUUGGAAAGCUAGGAUAGGAUGUUAUUCUAGCUAUGGUUGGCGCAACAUUUGGGGAGCUCGUAAGGCUUUGGUAGGUGGUUUGCGCUGGAAGGUUGGUAAUAGCAAAAAAAUCCGUGUUUGGUUGGAUGCUUGGUUGGUUGGCUCUGGGUUAGGGUGUGUCAUUUCUCCGCGUUUAGAUUUGGCGGUUGAUGUUACCUUAGGUUAUUUAUUACAUAUUCCUAUUAGCAUUGGUGGAGCUGAGGAUGAAUUAUGUUGGAUUCAUGGUGUCGAUGGAUCUCUUCGUGGUCCUGAUCCCUUAUGGGGAAAGCUUUGGAAAUUGAAAGUUCCUUCUAAGGUUCGAGAUUUUGUGUGGCGUGCGUGUUGGGAUAUCAUCCCUCAUGGUUUGAACCUCAAUUCCAAAGGUAUCCCUAACUUUGUUGGAUGUAAGAGAUGCGGUCCGGAUGAGCACUUGAUGCACUUUCUGUUUGAGUGUCACUGGGCAAAAAUGUUAUGGGAUUCCUCUAAACUUGAUCUUGAAGUUUGGAAAGCAAGGAAUGAGUUGGUUUUUGAGAAUCGCCAAGCUCCUCCUCUUCUUUAUGUCAGAAGAGCUUCGGAUUGGCUCAAGGAUUAUCAUCAUUCUUUUUCCACGGCUCGUUUUUCUAGAUCUUGUAGUAAGGAGAAGCUUCCUUGGGGUCGUCCUCCUCUUGAUGGUGCCUUUGCUGCUUCUAAGGAGAAAUUUGGUCUUGGAUUUGUGGUCCGGGAUUGUACUGGUAAGUUCAUUCUUACGGGCUUUAAGACUAUUUGGGUCGGCAGUUCCGCUGAAGAGGUUAAAGCUCAGUCUUUGUUUUGGGCUCUUUCAUGCAUUAAUGAUCAGGGGUGGUCAUUAAGGAGAAAUUUUGGUGGAAGUGUAGCUCAUAGGUUAGCUUGGGCUUCCUCUCGAGUUAGUGUUGAGGUUUGGGAAGAUGUUGCCCUGAUCUUUGUUAAGGACGCUUUGUAUUCCGAUUUGAUUCAAUUUGAUGCUUAG